AUGACAGCACCUACGGGUUCGAGCACCGACAAGGAGAAGACGCUGACACCAGAGUCUGGCUCGCGCCAGUCCAAAGAUGGCCUGUCGGGGGAGAACGUCGUGGGCGAGGUGUCGGAGCUUGAGCGCCAGGGCAAUGCGCAUUUCCACCGGCUGGGCUGGAAGCGACUGACGGUGGUGCUCAUCGUCGAGGCCAUUGCGCUCGGCGCCUUGAGCAUCCCGUCGGCAUUUGCGACGCUGGGUAUGGUGGCCGGUGUGAUCCUGACGGUGGUGCUCGGCUUCGUCGCCAUCUACACCAGCUACGUCGUCGGCCAAGUCAAGUUGGCAUUCCCGCACGUGUCACAUUAUGCGGAUGCCGGUCGCCUCAUCAUGGGUCAAUUCGGAUAUGAGCUCGUCGGCGCCAUGUUUGCGCUCCAGCUCGUUUUCCUGGUGGGGUCCCAUUGUCUGACGGGCACCAUUGCCUUCCAGAACAUCACGGACAGUGGCACGUGCUCUGUCGUGUUUGGUGUUGUGUCGGCUGUUAUUCUACUGUUGUUGGCCGUCCCACCCUCGUUCGCCGAGGUGGCCAUUCUGGGCUACAUCGACUUCGUUUCCAUUGUGGUGGCUAUCCUCAUCACCAUGGUGGCCACGGGCGUCGUGUCCAGCCAGGCCUCGGGUGGUCUGGCUGCUGUGAACUGGUCCGCGUGGCCCAAGGAGGGCGUCACCUUCUCUGAGGCAUUUGUGGCCGUCACCAACAUCGUCUUCGCCUACUCCUUCGCCGUGUGCCAAUUCUCCUUCAUGGACGAGAUGCACACGCCCGAGGACUUUGUCAAAUCCAUCUGGGCCCUAGGUCUUAUCGAAAUUGGCAUCUACACCCUGACGGGUGCCCUCAUCUACGCCUUCGUCGGCCAGGGCGUCGAGUCGCCCGCUCUGCUCUCGGCCGGCACGCUGGUGUCCAAGGUGGCUUUUGGCGUUGCUCUUCCCGUCAUUUUCAUCUCGGGCUCCAUCAACGGCACCGUCGUCGCCCGCUACAUCCACGGCCGCAUUUACAAGGACUCGGUCAUCCGCUACAUCAACACCAAAAUGGGCUGGGUCACGUGGCUGGCACUCCUGACCCUCGUCACCAUCAUUGCGUUCGUUAUCGCCGAGGCCAUUCCGUUCUUCUCCGACCUGCUGUCCGUCAUGUCCGCUCUCUUCAUCUCGGGCUUCACCUUCUACUUUCCCGCCAUCAUGUGGUUCAAGCUUAUCAAGAAGGGCAAGUGGAAUUCACGGGAGAACCUGCUUCUAAGCAUCGUCAAUGCUGUUGUCUUUAUUAUUGGCAUGGUUACCUUGGUCGCUGGCACCUAUGCGGCCAUUGCGGAUAUUAAACGUCAAUAUGCGGAGGGAAGCAUCCGAGCCCCAUUCACCUGCUCGCCUCUUUAA